AUGCCGAGGGUGUUCGUCGAGUAUAUUGUCGGGACGCAGGAGGACGGCCAGAGUCCGGCUUUCGCCGGGGUAGUGGCGAACACGUGCCGCGCGAUCGAGAGCGAGUUCAUCGACUUGGUGGCCGGGGACCCGGCGUACCGAGGGAAGAGGGUCUUCGCCGUCGGGCCGAUGAACCCACUGCUCGACGUGACCGCGCCGGCAGCGGUACAGAGUGCGCGGCACGAGUGCCUGGACUGGCUCGACAAGCAACCGCCGGCGUCGGUGCUGUACGUGUCGUUCGGCACGACGUCGUCGCUGCCGGCGGAGCAGAUCGCGGCGUGGUGCACGAGGAGGAAGCCGCGGAGACUGGAGAUCCUGGCGCACAGCGCCACGGCAGCGUUCAUGAGCCACUGCGGCUGGAACUCGACCAUGGAGAGCCUGAGCCACGGGAAGCCGAUGCUCGCCUGGCCCAUGCACUCCGACCAGCCGCUGGUGGCGGAGCUCGUGUGCAAGUGCCUCAAGGCCGGGAUCCUGGUGAGGCCAUGGGAGCAACACGGUGCUGUGACACCUGCGGAAGCCAUCCGGGAGGUGAUCGAGAAGGUGAUGGCACGCGACGAAGGUUUGGCGGUGCGGGAGAGGGCCAAGCAGCUCAUGGAGUCCAUUCGCGCCUCCGUGGCCGAGGGCGGGUCCUCGCGCAAGGACCUUGACGACUUCGUUGCUUACAUAGCAAGAUGA